CGGUCACGCCUCUUGAACACUCUUUGACUCCUGAUUUAUAGGCGGAUGAGAACGUGGCAAUUAUGAUGGCACACGCCCUACUCACAGAAGUCUUUGACAACGCGAUGGAAGGUAAACCACCCAAGUCUAUGAAGUUAAAAAAACUUAAGGAGAAGAAAGGCGAGAAAGGCCCUACGAAGCAUUCGUCAAACGACCCGCUAAAGCAGUCGGAACAGCCGGAGUCGGAACCGAAGAGCCCAACACCGCAAGGUCAAGUGGCUCUGCCAUCCGAAUCAGAGCCGAAGCCAAAUUCUGAAGGUGAAGACUCAGACGACCGGGACACCGACGAUUACAUGCGCGAGUUACGAAAAUUACAAGGAUCGGAAGAAGACCGGCAAAAGAAAACCCACGGUGGAAGAGAAGUCGAAAAUUUCCAGCGGAGACGAGAGUCGAUCACUGCCAGAGUUUGA